UACGCAUGUUAGCGUUUAUACUGCCUUCAAUUCCCAAGAAGAAGAAAGAGCCUUGGCGUUGCUCCUGCGCAUUGAACUUUGCAAUAAGUUCAAAUGGUCCUGCGGAUAUCCAACACGCAGUUUCUCUGCUCCCAUAAUGAAGCCACCCUCCCGGAAGCGAAGUGUACCUCUGCGCUUUGUGUCCAGGGAACCCGAGCUGAAGCGCCGUGACACGGUGCGUGCAGGCUGGUUUGGCUGGAAAUGGAACGAAAGGCAUAUCCUCUUGGUUGAGCUUAAAAGACAGCACAAAAAUGCGGAGUUGGACCUGGUGGCACUGCAGUCUAAACUUCCCAAGCGAUCUUUACAAGAGAUUGAGAGUUUUGUGCAGUUCUUGAAGUCCGUUGUGGGAAAGAGAGUGGCCAGGCUGGUGAACAAAUUGAGACAAGACCAGCUGAGUGACAAAGCGCCGAUUGAGUUAUGGACUGAAAUGUCACAGAAAAUGGCCGGUUCACAAGAGGCUGCCAUUUCAUCUGCUUUCUCACAGAUGCUUGUGAUUGCUGCAACUGAGCCAUGUAGCCUCCUUAACUCUGACCCGCCUCGCUCUUUAAGCACACCCAAGCAGCUCCCAUCUAACCUCCAGAAAGUUACAUUAAGACCCAUGGCCAGACCACCGGCAACGACAUCCUCAAUGUGCAUGACUCCAAGGGUGCACGCAUCUACUCAGCUGUCAUCUGGUCAGACACCAGAAAGCCCAAGUGUGACAUGUCAGAAGGGCUUGCUUCCAUCCUCAAAGACAGAAGCCAGUCCCAAUAUAGUUUAUUUACCCUGCAACUCACAGUCCUCUCUUUCAAACUUUGCUGCUGCCACGAAACUCAACGGAGGGUCCAUUUCCAACAAUUCACCCAGCCCCACAUCACCUCCUCUGAAUCAUGUUCCAGCCAGCCUUAGUCAAUCCACUGCAACCCCAAACUCCAGCCAGCCUGCUGAACAAGCAGCUGGCUCAAACACAAGGAUUUCCAUCCAGGGGCAAGAACAUUCUUCCUCUAUUCCUAGUAGGCCAAUAUCUGAUCAACAGACCCAGAAGCACACAGAUUUUGAUGUGAAUUUUGAGAAUAUCUAUCGCUUUUUGAGCUCUGUGAACAAGCAAGGCAACAUGCCCCCUCUCACUCCAAUGGAGAGUGCUGUGGUCCUGGACCUACUGUGGUCCCUUCCAGAUGAGAUCCCCCUGCUCAACUGUGUGGAACUGCAACACCACCUCCGUCAGGCACACGAUCACCUAUCUGCUCCUGUUAAGGAGCCCUCUGCGCCAAUAAGCAUCGGUCUAGACGCCCGGUCCCAACUCGCUCAGGCAGGUGACACACCAGGCGCAUCCUUACAGAAAGAGAUCUCCACCACUCAGGAAGGGGAACUGUGUGACCAGUCGAUGUCCUCCGUGCCCAGUGACCACACAGGCUCCGAUGCCUUCUGUUCCAGUGAAAUGGGCGACUCUGAUGCCUUGGCCCAGACACUUGCCCAUCAGGAAGGACAUGGCAGUGGACAAGGGGAUAAAGAAUCGCAAGCUGAUCAAAACAACAAAGGGGACUACACCAGUGAGAGUGGGGGCUCUACAAUUCUGCCAGUAUCUAGCAGUAAACCAGAAGCUGGAUUUCAGCCUAUGAGCAUGACCAGAAGUGACAUGCAAGACCCCACAGUAUUGACAGCAGAUAAUCCAACAGUAGAAUCUCCACUGCAACAUCAAACUGUCCAAGAGGCAACAAGCAAAUCAAAUUGUAAAAGUAUACCUACUCAUUCGCACGAUAUUGAACAGGAGAAAUCAAAUUUUGACAAAGCAGCCCUUUGCCCUUUAAAUCCCUUUAUGAUCCCAUUGAAGCUACUGGUGCGAUCCUAACCUCCGCUGUCUGAAGGGUGAUUUCAUUCUUGUGUUUUCGCAUAGCUGCUUUCUGAUGUAUGACAGUUCAGGCUUCCGUUGAGGUUGCAGCUAGCUUUAUAAAAGUAAUUGCGAAAAAAGCAUUAUUUUUAAUAUACAGUUAAUAGACAUUUUCUUUACAUUUUAACUAUUUUCCAUUUUAAUAAAAUUUUGUUUACUUGAUUAUUUCAAUAAAAAGUAAAAAAACAAAA